AUGGAUGAAGUAGUGACUGGUGAUCGGGUACUGGUCGAUGGAAAAUUAGGAGUUGUCCGGUACACUGGCGUUACCGAAUUCUGUGAUGGUUGGUGGUAUGGGAUCGAACUUGAAGACUGUGUUGGGAUCAAUGAUGGAAGUGUUCAGGGAAAGAGGUAUUUUGAUCUACAAGAGAAACAGGGAAACUAUGGAAUUUUUGCGCAAUCAGAGGAUAUUCGUAAGAUUGAUGACGGUUGGGCUCUGAGAGAAGAGAACCGUAAAUUACAUAGUGUCGUGGAAGCCCUUGAGCGUAAGAUUCGACAGUGGCAUAUGAAAUGGGAACAACUGAAUCAUGAAAAGACAGCAUCUGAUUCACAGCGAACAGUGAAAGAGUGGGAUUCAAAGUAUACUGCACUUGAGGAAAAGUUGUCCACUGUGCAGGAGGAGAAUGAUGUAUUGAAAACUGAGAUCAAAUCCUUGAAGGAGAAAUUCGCUAAUUUAAAGGUAAGGGAUGCAUCGACCAACCAAAUAGAGGAUGAUCUGAAUAAAGAAUUGAAUGAUCUGCGAAAAGAAAACAAACAGCAGGAAUCUAUGCUAGCUAUUUAUGCUGAGAUUGAAGAGGAAUUACGAAGUCAAUUAAAUGCGUUGGAGCGUAGUUUUGACGAGCAGAAAAUCUUGGAAAGCGUUGACUUGAUAAAAUCUAUCGAGAUUCGUCACGCUGAAGACCUGGCAAGCGUCAAAGAGCGAGAGCUAAGUUUGCGUAGCCAAAUACAGGGUAUUGUAGCCCAAAAUGAGAAGAGUGAUCUACUGCAGGAGAUUUACGAGGUCGUAUUUGGUAAUGAAAAACCUACGGCACAAGUUUUGGGAGUACAAUUUGAAUUUUUGUUGAGAUCGGUAGGCAAUGACAAGUUCAACUUGCCUCUGAGACUCAAACUUAAAGCACAGCUUUACUUCGCAACCUUGUGUGAGAUAGCAAAGAAAUCUGAAGAGCCCGGUGAUUUUUCUGAACGAAUACGAAAACAGUUCGGCAAUUGUACGGUUUAUUUUGAAUCUUUCUUGACAGGUAGCAUUGGCGAGGAUACCUUCAAUAUCACCCAAAUAAUAUCGUUUAUUCGGCAUUACGAGUCUCUUGACUCGAGCUGUCGAUUAUUAACUGGGUUAUUACCUUUCAUUUUUGGCCCAAUUUUGACUCAACUAUUGGCGAAUCUGCAAAAGAGAUCCCUACCAGAUGACAGCAUCGGGCUCAUUCGUGGCAUAUAUUCACUUUCGGUUUCCAUCAAGGAACUAUGUCAGCAGUUGGAGGAGAAAAGAAAGCUUGGCGGAGAGCUGAAUGUAUUAUAUAGCACAACCAUCUCGGACGUACUCGAGAUGGUGACAUCAAUGAUUGAAAGGUAUGACGAGGGCCAGGUUGAAAACGAAACUGAUGUGAACAAGGUCGAUCUAGACAGCUAUAAAAAUUCAUUCGCAGUUUUACUCAAUGACCUGAAGCAUCCACAGUAUAACGCAGCAAAAAAAGAGGAAUUCCCGGAAUGUAACCCAAGACCUAACUCUAACCGUGUAACCAAUAUUAAACAUCAGGGCAUGGCAGACGACCAAUUAGCCAAGCUUCAUGCUAAAAUUUCGGAGAAAGAUACUGUCAUUAAUGAACUAAAUGUGAAAAAUAAGCUGUUGGAAAUGAAGCUGACAAAAGCCAACUUGCCGAAAGUUGCUGAUCAUGUGUCUUUGGAAAGUAGUGAUCAAUUAAAUUCCUCUAAUAGCGAGAGCUUGGCUAUUGAGCAGCCAAUAACCAAGAUACCAUCCAGAUCAUAUGCGGAAGAAGCAGAUCUUUCAUUUGAUAGUAUCACUACUGAGGCACACUUAAAGCACGUACGAAAGUCAGAUCUGCUCUCUGAGAUCAAAGACCUGCAGAGUGUGAUCGUCAAUUUGACGGAACAUGAAGAAACCGUCGCGACCGAUUUUACGUGGCUCACCGAUGAUAAGACUACCUUAUCACCCGUCUUCAGUAAUAUUGAACAGCCGAACUUGAAACAGAAGACGAAUGAAAUUGCCAAAAACAUCUUGGAUUUCGCCAAGUGCUCCACCAUUCCGUCCUACCAACAUGGCGGAAAAAUGCAGUCCAAUUACAUUCAUAAUGCAAGGUUUAAACAGGAUGUGUUGGAUUUGAAAAUGAGGGACUUGCGCACUUAA